GAAUUCCCAGGAAACUAAAUUCUCGACGAGCUGUUCGUAUUUUGACUCGAGAUGUACCUUGGCCCGACACGGUGGGCCUUCUAUGGGCGGGUCGGGCUAUCAUCCCGGCUCACUGGCCCUGAAAGGGAAAACCAAAACGCACCGACGGGGGGCACAAGAGGAUAAAGAGAAACACACAUGAAGAAGAAGAAGAACCUGGUUGUUGAACCUUCGAAGGCACCAAAUGCUUCGCAGGCUUUUCUUUUGCAUCUGAUCUGCGCGUCAGGAGUGGCCGCCGCUCUAUGGGUGGCCCACAACGUCUACUCCAUUGACAUGGUCUCCAAUCCCACUCUCACCCUCGGUCUGAUCUGGGUUAUUGAAAGCCCCAUGGUAGUCCUCCUUUACAGUUGGUUUCGUCAGAAUCGGAAGCAAUGCUCGUAUUGGAAGGCUGUUGGACGUGGCAUGCUGGGAAUUCCUGCUGGGGCUCUUGCCAAUGCUUUGGGAGCUAUUGCUUUGGGUGCACCAGUUGGCAUUCAGCAAUUACCAAAGACCAUUAACUGGUCACUAUUGAUGUCAUUGUUCACUCUUGUUCCGGCAGCUUCUGUGUAUGGUUCAUCAUGGAUGGACUGGAAACGUAUAUUUGCACACACAAAGCCAAUUGAAACAAUUGAUUAUAUGAUCUGCCUGCCAGCACAUGGAGCUGUUAUUGGAGCUUGGUUUGGGGCUUGGCCUAUGCCACUUGAUUGGGAAAGACAAUGGCAGCUACAACAAGUCCUUCCAAUUUUUAUGCCCGUUUCUCAUCAAGAAUGCCAAUUGUGUCUGUUAGGGAAACACGAGAGGGUCCUUCUUGGUUCAGGAGUGGCCUAUUUGUGUUACUUAUGGAGCCAUGGUUGGAUAUGUGGUUGCAAUGGUGGCAUCGUUUGGCUUAGUAGUUAUUCACGAUGGACGACAGCACAACAAAGGAGACUAAUUGGUUCAAGAGAUUUCCAUAAUCCUAGCAAGCUUCUACAGGGUGCGAACCUCCUGAGGCGAGCAAAUUGAGUUUUAGCAUAUUCAAGCUUGUUGACUAUAUUUUAAAUUGAAUUCAAGCUCAAGCCAAUCUCAAACCAAGCUUGAAUGCAUGUUGGUGCUUGUUUAUUAGUUUCAAUAGAGUUUUAGAGCCAAGCCGAGUUUUAUUUUGCUGUAGCUUAUUGGUUCAAUUUUUAAUAGACUAUAAAGGUUGAGAUGAAAAAUGAAUUGGAGUACAAUAUACUCAAUUCGUUUGAGCUUGAUAUCGAGCUUUAGUUAAUAUCAAUUUUAAUUUCAUGGUAAACUCAUGAUAAAUUUAUAAAACUACAUUUAACUCCUAA